CAAAAUCGGGGUGAAGUUAUUUUAUAAGAAUAAUAUGUAUGAUUACGGAUAUUCUGCGAGACUACCGGAAAAGAAGAUUGUGACCUUCAGCGUGUGUUCCCGAUCAAGAACGGUUGCAUCUCACUUGACAGACUUACGCGAUGGCUCCCCCAACAUAUGGUGAUCUUGGAAAGGCAGCAAAAGAUAUCUUCAGCAAGGGAUACAACUAUGGAGAGUGGAAGCUGGAGGCAAAAACCAAGACAGACAGUGGGGUAGAAUUUACCACAACAGGCAGUCACAGUGACAAAGGAAUCAUCAGUGGAAGCUUAGAAACCAAAUACAAAUAUUCCGAUUUAGGUCUUACAUUCAAGGAGAAAUGGAAUACCAGCAAUGUGCUGUUUACAGAAAUUGCCAUUGAGGAUCAGCUCGUGAAAGGAUUGAAACUGGAAUUCAACACAUCCUUCGCUCCCCAAACUGGAACCAAGAGUGGAAAAAUCAAAACCAGCUACAAGAUGGAUUACUUGAAUCUUGGUUGUGAUGUUGACUUUGUGUUUGCUGGACCAACCAUCAACGCAGCUGCUGUCUUAGGCUACAAGGGCUGGCUCGGAGGUUAUCAGAUGUCCUUUGACACUUCCAAAUCCAAGCUAACAAAGAAUAACUUUGCAGUAGGUUAUGAAGCCAGCGACUUUACCAUUCACACCAAUGUCAAUGACGGAGCAGAGUACUGUGGCUCCAUCUACCACAAGAUUAGGAAAGAUCUUGAAGGAGGAGUGAAGCUCUCUUGGUCCUCAGCCAAGAGCACCGCCUUGGAACUGGGCACCAAGUACAAGAUCGACAGUGAUUCAUCAGUCUCUGCCAAGGUAGACAGCAACAGUCGAGUAGGAUUAGGAUAUACAACUAAACUUAGAGAUGGAGUGAAGCUUACUCUGUCCGCCCUUGUAGACGGCAAGAACUUCAACGCCGGUGGACACCAGCUGGGUCUCGGUCUGGACUUCGAGGCCUGAGCACCGACUCGAGUGACUUUUGUUGACUUGUAAGAUGUAACCCAGACAUUCAGUGGGGAGAGUGAAUUUCAUCAGAUCUAGGAGUGCUGUUUAUUUUUCAUUCAUCAUGUACAAAAUACGAUCUUGCAGAAAUAUUCUAAAUGGUCGAGCUUAUGUGUUUGUCAAAAUACUUUUUAAAAAAAGGAGAAGUAAAUCUGAUUUGAUGUCUUA